CCCUCUUGAACCCGCCAUCUCCGCGUGUCACCAGUUUCCAGCUCUUCGCGUGAAAGAUCCAACAACACCCCCGAAACACCCAUCAAUGUCGAAACGCAACUUCCUCGAGCAAGAAGCGCCGGCAAACUACGUCGCCGGAUUGGGCCGUGGUGCCACCGGCUUCACCACCCGAUCCGAUAUCGGCCCUGCACGGGAAGGACCGUCGGAAGAGGCAAUCAAGGCAGCUCUCGCACGGCGGGCGGAAGCUCAAGGUCUCGCGCCUCCCACUGCCUACGGCGCCGACAAGAAAAAGGACGAUGACGACGACGACGACCCCCGCUUCCAAGAUCCUGAGAAUGAAGUCGGGCUGUUUGCCGGCGGCGCGUACGAUGAAGACGACGACGAGGCCGAUAGGAUAUACCAAACGGUCGACGAGAAAAUGGAGAAGCGGCGGAAAACUCAAAGGGAGCUGAGAGAAAAGGCCGAGCGAGAGGAAUACGAAGCGAUGAACCCGAAGAUUCAGCAGCAGUUUGCCGACUUGAAGCGAGCGCUGUCCACCGUCAGCGACGACGAGUGGGCGAAUCUACCGGAGGUUGGAGAUUUGACUGGUCGGAAUCGCCGCGCAAGGCAAGCCAUGCGACAGAAAUUCUAUCCUACACCAGACUCGGUGCUUGCCGGUGCAGUCAGUGGAUCGGAGUUCGAGACAUCCGUACAAGAGGAUGGAGCGCCUUCCUCGGCGAGUCAAGAUCAGGUCGAUGGUACGAUGACGAAUUUCGUCAACAUUGGAAAGGCGAAGACGAAGGUGCUCGAGGCGAGGCUGGAUCGGAGUAUAUCUGGGACGAGCACGAGCGAUUCAGCAUCAGGCUCGACCAAUAUCGACCCCAAGGGAUAUCUCACCAGCUUGUCACGGAAUACUACGCAGAGCGCUGAGCAGAUCGGCGACAUCAAACGUGUACGCGAACUGUUGGAGAGUGUUAUCCGUACCAACCCCAAGCAUGGACCGGGCUGGAUUGCCGCUGCGAGAUUGGAGGAGGUGGCGGGAAAGAUGGUGGCUGCGCGGACGAUCAUGCAGCGUGGUUGCGAACAUUGUCCCAAGAAUGAGGAUGUGUGGCUAGAAGCGAUGCGAUUGAAUGAAGUCCAUAACGCCAAAAUCAUUGCAGCAAAUGCGGUGAAACACAACCCGAAGGCGGUGCGAUUGUGGGUGGAAGCUAUGAAGCUGGAAACUGAUCCCAGAGCGAAAAAGAAGGUCAUCAGAAAGGCGCUGGAUAUCAUUCCGCAGUCGGUAAUGCUGUGGAAGGAGGCAGUCAAACUGGAGGCAGAUCCGAAUGAUGCUAAGAUCCUGCUGGCUCGUGCGGUGGAACUUAUCCCUCUGAGUGUGGAGUUGUGGCUGGCAUUGGCCCGUUUGGAGACAUUUGAGAAUGCGCAGGCCGUCCUCAACAAAGCCCGCAAAGCCAUCCCAACAAGCCAUGAGAUUUGGUUGGCCGCCGCAAGACUCCAGGAGCAGCAAGGCAAUGCGAACAAGAUCAACGUUAUGAAACGUGCCGUCCAAGCACUCGCGCGUGUGGAAGCCAUGUUGUCCCGUGAGGACUGGAUUAAGGAAGCUGAGAAAUGCGAAGAAGAGGGAGCGGUGGAAACCUGUCAUUCCAUCAUCCGUGAAACCCUUGGCUGGCAAUUGGAAGAAGACGACGGCCGUAAAAAGAUCUGGAUGGAUGACGCCGAAGCCAGCAUCUCCCGCGGCAGAUACGAAACUGCACGAGCAAUCUACGCCUAUGCUCUGCGAGUCUUCUACACCAAAAAGAGCAUCUGGCGCGCCGCCGCAGAAUUGGAGAAGAACCACGGUACGAAGGAAGCGCUGUGGAGUCUUCUCGAAAAAGCAGUCGAGGCGUGUCCACAGAGCGAGAUCCUGUGGAUGAUGCUCGCUAAGGAGAAGUGGCAAGCCGGUGAAAUCGACGGCGCCCGUGUCGUCCUCGGGAAGGCAUUCAGCCAGAACCCCAACAACGAAGACAUCUGGCUUGCCGCCGUCAAACUCGAGGCGGAGAACCAACAACAUGAGGCUGCACGAACACUCCUCGCCACGGCACGACGGGAAGCAGGUACCGACAGAGUAUGGAUCAAGAGCGUGGCGUUCGAACGACAACAGGGCAACACCGACGCCGCCCUCGAACUUGUCAACGAGGGUCUACAACUCUAUCCCAAAGCUGACAAGCUAUGGAUGAUGAAAGGCCAAAUAUAUGAAUCCGAGAACAAACUCCCACCUGCUCGAGAAGCCUACAACGCCGGUACCAAAACCUGUCCCAAGUCGGCACCACUAUGGCUCCUCCUUGCGCGUCUCGAAGAAAAAGCCGGUGUUUUAGUCCGCGCCCGUUCCAUCCUCGACCGCGCUCGCCUCGCCGUGCCCAAAUGCCCCGAGCUCUGGUGCGAAUCCGUCCGCAUCGAGCGCCGCGGCAACAACCCCACACAAGCAAAGACGCUCAUGGCAAAGGCUCUGCAAGAGUGCCCGCACAGCGGACUUCUAUGGGCGGAGAGUGUAUGGUAUCUUGAAGCGCGCACCCACCGUCGCCCACGACUAGUCGAAGCUAUCGAGAAAGUUGGCAACGAUCCCAUCCUCUAUGUCGCCGUUGCCCGCAACUUCUGGGCGGAACGAAAGCUUCCCAAGGCUAUGAACUGGUUUGAGAAGGCAAUCCUCGUGGACCCGGACUAUGGCGACACCUGGGCGUGGUACUGGAAGUUCUUGGCCCAACACGGCAGUGAGGAGAAGCGCGCGGAUGUGCUGGUUAAACUCUCGAUCACCGAGCCACGGCAUGGUGAGGUGUGGCAGAGGGUUGCGAAGGAUCCGCGUGCAAGAUUCAAGAACUCGGAGGAAAUAUUGCAUGCGGUUGUUAAAGAGCUGGAAUGAACGGAGGUGAUAGACUGAAUUUUUUCCGCUAAAGUACUUGACAUGUUUUUUUACUUACGGGGUUUGGAGCGAAUUGGACUGGCCGACGGCUUCUCAUUGGAGAUUGGAAGGAGAUGUGUAUAUUAUAGCUGGGUAAUCACGAAGAGGGUCGUAACUUGAAUCUGGAGCAUGCACACAUCUUGAUUCUUCACUGGGCAGGCCGUCAUCUGCAGCAAAGGCGGAUCAAGUAUCAGCACCAGUGGCCACUAGGGC